GGCCCCGCCCCUCCCGCAGAACGCUUGGCCCCGCCCCUCAGGCAGGCGCUAACGUGGACGUCUGAGUGAAGCUUCUCACACAGAGGAGAAACUCCAGCAGGAGGAAAUACACUCCCGACCCGCUCCAGUUUUUUUUUGUUGUUGUUGUUUUUGUUGUUGUGGACCGAGCACCCCCUUUUAAAAUGGCGUACCACAAUUCGUACCGAGGCGCCCCGCACAUCAACGCUCCCCCGGACCAGGGCUUCCUGUGGAAUAUCUUCCAGCGGGUCGACAAGGACCGGAGCGGCGUGAUAUCAGACUCAGAGCUUCAGCAGGCCUUAUCCAACGGAACAUGGACUCCUUUCAACCCAGUGACGGUCCGCUCCAUCAUCUCCAUGUUCGACCGGGAAAACAAAGGCGGCGUGAACUUUAACGAGUUUGCCGGCGUGUGGAAGUACAUCACAGACUGGCAGAACAUCUUCAGAACCUACGACCGGGACAACUCCGGCUUCAUCGACAAGAACGAGCUCAAGCAGGCGCUGACUGGAUUCGGUGAGCAGCAAAGAUAUCGUCUGUCAGACCAGUUCUACGGCACCCUGAUAGAUAAGUUCGACCGCCAGAGGAAGGGACAGGUGGCCUUCGAUGACUUCAUCCAGUGCUGUAUUGUACUACAGAGGCUCACCGACGUUUUCAGGCGGUACGACACAGACCAGGACGGCUGGAUCCAGGUUUCAUAUGAACAGUAUCUUUCCAUGGUCUUCAAUAUAGUAUAACGUACACGGAUCACCAACAAACGAGCACAACUGGACACAACUGUGCCAAAGCUACAGGCACCUCCUGGAUGUCUACCAUGAUGGACACUACAAGAUUUUUUUAAAUCAAUUUUUUUUUUUAGCCCUGGUUGGGCUUUAAAUUUAGAAAAAAAGAAAAACUUAGAGAUAACUUAAGUUUUUUUUUCUUUUCUACUGAGGUUGUCAUAUCCUCCAGAUGAUGGUAAUCAUCUGGAAGCACAACAUCAAUGCUUGAUGUAUUA